AUGGAGUGCGGAAAGAGCUUCUCUUUCAAUGCAAAACUUAGAACACACCAGCGGACUCACAUAGAGAGAAAACGUUUUACGUGCAGGGAGUGUGGGAAGAACUUCAGUCAGAGUGGACACCUUAAAUUGCACAAAGGGACUCAUACAGGGGAGAAACCAUAUGAAUGUAUGGAGUGUGGGAAGAGCUUUAGUGAUACUGGAAGCCUUAGAAGACACCAACGGACUCACACAGGGGAGAAACCAUAUAAAUGUAUCGACUGCGGAAAGAGCUUUAGUGAUAAUGGAAACCUUAGAAAACAUCAGCGGACUCACACAGGGGAGAAACCAUUUAAAUGUAUGGAGUGUGGAAAGAGCUUUAGUGAUAAUGGAAACCUUAGAAAACAUCAGCGGACUCACACAGGGGAAAAACCAUUUCAAUGUAUGGAGUGUGAGAAGAGUUUUAGUAAUAGUGGAUGCCUUAGGAAACAUCAACGGACUCACAGAAGGGAGAAACCAUUUAAAUGCAUGGAUUGUUUAAAGAGCUUCAGUCAGAGUGGAGACCUUAGAAAUCAUCAACGAACUCACACAGGGGAGAAACCAUAUAAAUGUAUGGAGUGUGAAAAGAGCUUUACUGGUAAUGGAAACCUUAGAAAACAUCAACGGACUCACACAGGGGAGAAACCAUUCAAAUGUAUGGAGUGUGAAAAGAGCUUUAGUUAUAGUGGAAGCCUUAGACAACACCAACGGACUCACACAGGGGAGAAACCAUAUCAAUGUAUGGAGUGUGGAAAGGACUUCAGUCAGAAUGGAAACCUUAGAUCACAUCAACGGACUCACACAGGGGAAAAACCUUUUAAAUGUAUAGAGUGUGGAAAGAGUUUCCAUUGUAAUACAAGCCUUAGAUCACAUCAACGGACUCACACAGGAGAGAAACCAUUUAAAUGCAUGGAGUGUCAAAAGAGCUUUAGUGAAAAUGGAAGCCUUAGAAGACAUCAACGGACUCACACAGGGGAGAAACCAUAUAAAUGUAUGGAGUGUGGAAAGAGCUUUAAUGUUAAUGGAAACCUUAGGAAACAUCAACGGACUCACAGAAGGGAGAAACCAUUUAAAUGCAUGGAUUGUUUAAAGAGCUUCAGUCAGAGUGGAGACCUUAGAAAUCAUCAACGAACUCACACAGGGGAGAAACCAUAUAAAUGUAUGGAGUGUGGAAAGAGCUUUAAUGUUAAUGGAAACCUUAGGAAACAUCAACGGACUCACACAUGA